CGUUAAUAAAAGUGCAUAUGUUAUCAUACGGUGCAUUCAAAUUAAACCAAAGUAACCUCAGUGCACUUCGAGAUGCAUGAGCGAUUAUUAUUCACUGAGGCCUACGGGAGUGAGAAAGAUAGAUUUUUCGUCAAAUCAAAAGACGAGCAAUCGAUAACUGAACUGUUAUCAGACACAACUAGAACGAAGUCUUUUUAUUCCGGUUUAAUAUCGAUUAUAAAAGAAGUAUUUUUACCUCAAGGAUUUCCUGAUAGCGUUCAUCCCGAUUAUACUUCUUAUCAAAUAUGGGAUACAGUUCAGGCAUUUGCAAGUACCAUAAUGGGAACUCUCACAACACAUUCUAUUAUGCAAGGAGUAGGUGUAGGUGAAGCUGCAGCAACUCCAUUAGCAGCAGCAAUAACAUGGAUAUUAAAAGAUGGAACUGGAAUGGUUGGUCGAAUUAUGUUUGCAUGGUGGAAUGGGACAGAUUUAGAUGGACAAUGUAAAAAAUGGAGACUUUUUGCUGAUAUUCUUAAUGAUUUAGCAAUGGGAUUAGAAUUACUUUUACCUUAUUUUUCCUCUUAUUCUCUUGGAAUAUUAUGUAUUUCUACAGCAAUGAAAUCAAUUGUUGGUGUUGCUGGUGGAGCAACAAGAGCGGCACUUACACAACAUCAGGCAUUACAAAAUAAUUUGGCAGAUGUAUCAGCUAAAGAUGGAAGUCAAGAAACAUGUGUAAAUUUAAUAGCAUCUUUUGUUGGUAUUUUAAUACUUUCAAUCUUUCACAAUGGCCAAUACAUAAUGGAACUCUAUCUCUUCCUCGUGAUAAUACAUCUUUAUGCAAAUUAUUCGGCGGUAAAAGCAUUAUGCUUAAAUUCUUUAAAUGAAGAUCGUUUAGCUUUAAUAGUAAAAAGUUAUAUUUCGAAUGAAGUCAUUCCAAAACCAGAAGAAGUUAACAAAAAGGAAUCAGUAUUAUUAUUAACAAAAUCUACAAUGAACAUAUGUGGAUUUAAUAUAAAAAUAGGUGUCUCUCUUGCAGCUCUUAUAAAAAAAGAUUUAAUUUUAACAAGUGACACUGAGCUUUCAUUGAAACUCUUUUUAGAUAGAAAAUAUUUGAUUUCUAUUGAUGUACAAAAUAAAACUAUUUUUAUAUGCCUUAAAAAAGACGCGCAACCAUAUGAUGUCUUGGAAGCAUAUUUUCAUGCUUGUCUUUGCGGCUUGUUUAUUUGUAUGUCUUUGAAAGUGCCACUUGAUGUUUUCUUAAAACCUGAAGUAAGUGAUUUGUCGUAUCCCUUGAUGCGGCUUUAUGUACUUAAUAAAAAAUAUUCAACUACAAACAAUGGCAUACAAUCAUCAAAAGCCAUAGAGAGUAUUUAUGCUACGAAUUUAUUGAUUUCUAAUGAAUUUAAAGCAUUUAUUAGUGAUCUUGAAAAUAAAGGAUGGAAAACAGAAACUAAUUUGUUACCAGUAGCAGGAUGGAGAUUUUUAUAAAAAAUUAUAAACUGGUAAAAAAAAAACAGCAUGAACAUUGGAAAUUAAAAUAUUGUUGUUCCUUAUUAUUUACCUUGAUAAAAUUUUAUAAUUGUUAAUUAUUUAAGCAAUUUUAUUUGCAUAUCUUGUAACUAUUUGUUGGAAAUGAGAUAAAAUUAUUUAUAAAUA